AUGAGCGAAGCGAUCACCCCUGCUAACGAAUCUGUCGAUACUGAACGAGUUGGUUCGAUCUCGCAGGUAUCGGGGCAUCAACACGUCCUCGUGGCGUGUGGUGACAGCUUCGUUGGUCCGCUCAAGUUGCUCAAUCGCGGAAGAGUACUUGUGAAGAGGUUCUCGGGUGCUUCUGCAAAAGGACUUGGCAACAAAAACUCAGUUUCUCAGACCGGUGUGCUAGUCACCCAACUCUUGGACACCUAUAAGCCGGAGCAGGUUCUCUUUGUAUUCGGACAAGUCGAUCUACAUAUAUUAUACCUCUGGAAGGCACUUAAGGCACAACGUGACGGAAGUGAUCCUCCAACCCCGGACGAUUGGAGGCUUACUGUAUUAAACUCAUACACGACAUUCCUUCGAAACAACAUCCUAACUCGACGCCUUUCAGCUGGUGAUUCUGGCUACUUGCGCAACAUUUUCGUUGCAUCUGUGAUUGCUCCUUGUGUUAAUGACGAUUAUCUGGACGAGAGCGUCAGGAAGUAUCAGAGACGCGAAGAAGACGCAGUGCAGACCCGUGACCUCCAUCUGGCAGACUCCAGGGUACCUACGGACAUCCACACCCGGCGAGCAAUGGUUCAAGAGUUCAACGCCGCCUUGAGCUUGUUUUGUGAAGAUAACAAUGUGCGAUUUGUUGACAUUAACAAGCACAUUGUGACGGGAGAAGGGGAAGUAAAACCUGAAGUACUUGAUCACGAUCCUUCCACUAUUCAUGUUCAGUGGGAGUCGACAAUUCGAUAUUGGGUUGAAGAGUUGACCGAAGCUGGCUUAACCGAGAAUGACAUUCACGUCGACCUUAACGACUCCGCGCUCCAGUAUGAGGCCGAAAAGAAAGGUCGUAUGCAGCGUAGAAAGGUCACCGCGGCUGACGCCACACUUUCUCCUACACUUUCAGACUACAGUGUCAUGAGUGAGGACCCUGGCUCCCCUCUUCUUCUUCCCCGUUCAGCUACUUGGACACGCGGGAGAUCUUCGACACCUCCACCCAUUUCCCACGCACGAACUACUCAAGCAAGUCCUGAGCAUAACUCGUCAUGGCGCGGUCGGAUGGAGCUUGGGCGCGGUCGGGGUAAUACAGGCUCUCCACCCCGAGGACCUAAGCCUUCCAGGUUCCAAUUCGGCAGUUCCUCAAGAAAUCGCGCCGAAAAGGACGAUAACUGGCGCUCCCAUGCUCGCAUACACUCUGCUUCACAUGUUCCGUCUACUGCCGACCUCACAGGGGUAUUCCAGUUAACCAAUUCGUCCCCUGUUCUCACACCUCUUCAAAGUCCGCUGUUUGGAGAGUUUCCGCGUUCCAGUGAACUAGCUACGCGAGAUGAGGAGCUUACCCAAGUGCCGGAACAACCCAAGGAAACUGACUAG